AUGGGAAGUUUGAAUAGUACUGCUAGCUCCGGCAAAGGUUUUACACCACCUGUCUGGAAGCCGAUCUCUAAUAAGUCAGAAGAUGAAAAUAUUGCUAGUUUUCUUUCUUACUGUGCGGAUGUUAAAGAGAAAAUGAACAGGUACCUUGAAUUAUUACAGCAAGGGAGACGAAACAGAAGGGGGAAGGUGCAAGAAGGCGAACACAACAAUAAGAGGAAGAGGGAAGUGGAGCAUGAUGGGCAACAAUCGAAAGUGAUUGUUAUUGAAAUUGACAGUGAGCAAGACAAAGAUGAAAUUCAGGGAGUAGCUGAGCCUUCUGAAGAGGAUAAGACUGAGGAAGAUCGUGGUAGUGGUGAAGAGGAUGAGACCGACGAAGAUGAUGAGAGUGAUGAAGAGUCAAAAAGUAGUUUGAUUUCUGACUCAAAUAACGAAGAUGACGAAGAUUAUGUUCCGGAAUCAUCUGAACUACUUGAAUCAGAUAGUGGUCAUGAUCGCAGUGAUUACUCUGAUGCUGAUAAUGAUAGCGGUUUUGAUUCUGAUUCUGGCAAUUAUUAUGCUGGAGAUCAGGAGUCAAGUGAAGAUUCCGACAUGUGUCGAAGGAGAAGUCCAUAA